AUGGCCUCGCAAGAGAAGGACAUGAAACAUGACCACACUGAGAUUCACGCAAUCCAUCACGAGGUGUUGGGCGAUAAAGAAACCCUCAGCCAUGCUUAUGAGGCCGAGAAUCGCGAACAUGAGAUGGGUUUGUGGGAAGCUUUCAAAACUUACCCUUGGGCUUGUUUCUGGGCCUUUCUCAUGUGCUUCACUAUCGUCAUGGAGUCUUUCGAUAUGUUCUUGUGCGGCAGUUGGCCUGCCCUCGGCGCCUUCCAGCGUAAAUACGGUAUCAUGAUCGCAGAAGGAAAGUUCGCAAUUCCUACCAAGUGGCAGAGCGCGCUGUUCCAAUCGGGUCAAUGCGGUGCUUUUGUUGGAGUGUUCCUCGCAGGACCGAUCACGAACCGCAUCGGCUACAGGUUGACCACCGUCUGCGGCCUAGUCUUGAUGAUUCUCACAAUCUUUGUGUCCUUUUUCGCCAAUUCGCUCCCUCUCCUGGUAGUCGGACAAGCAUUGGAGGGCGUGCCGUGGGGCUUGUUCAUUGCGAAUAGCCCGGCAUAUGCAUCCGAAAUCGUCCCUCUGGUGCUCAGGAGUUCAGCAGCGGCAACUCUGCAAAUGUCAUGGUCCAUUGGUGCCAUGCUUGUGGCUGCUGCCACGUACUCUUACAGUCACCGCAUGGACCAGUGGGCUUGGAGAGUACCCAUCGCUCUACAAUGGGUGUUCCCGAUUCCUCUCCUCGUCCUCGUAUGGCUCUCGCCUGAAUCGCCUUGGUGGCUUAUUCGUCGCGGACGCAAGGAGGAGGCUCUCCGAUCGAUCAAGCGCCUCGGCAGCAAACGCCAAGGCAACAACGAGGAGACACUAGCCAUGAUGGAACGUACUGUCGAGAUUGAGGCUCACGCGGGUGGCGAACCUAAGCUCACCGAUCUGUUCAAGGGCACUGACCUCAGACGCACUCUUAUCACCUGUUUCAUGUACGCGUCACAGAACUUUGCAGGUAACUUGAUCGCGAAUCAAGCAACCUUCUUCUUCGAGCAGGCUGGCAUGUCAUCCGAGUUUGCCUUCAAGCUUAACCUCAUCAACACGAGUCUGGGUCUGGUCGCGAACAUCGCGUCUCUGCCGCUCGCUGGCUCACUCGGUCGUCGCACGAUCUACCUUUGGGGAACAGCUUUCAACGCCACUAUGCUCUUUACCCUUGGUGUCUGUGCUUCUGUCAAGCAGACUCAAAGUACCAACUAUGCUCAGGCAUGCCUUGGUGUCAUAAUUUCUUUCGUCUACGCCGGCACUCUUGGACCGAUAUCAUACUCUAUCAUCUCCGAGACCUCUUCUGUGCGUCUCCGUGCACUUAGCACUGGUAUGGGUCGUGCUGCUUACUAUGUUUGUGAGAUCCCAAUGAUCUAUUUGGCUAGCAAUCUACUGAACCCAACUGGGUGGAACCUCGCUGGCAAGUGCGGAUAUGUCUGGGGUGGUACUGCCACAAUUUGUUGGUUGGUUGCAUACUUUUACCUUCCCGAGCUCAAGGAUCGCUCUUAUCGAGAGCUGGAUAUUCUGUUCAACCGCAAAGCCCCUGCUAGGCAAUUCAAAAAGACUGUCAUCGAUGUCAAGGACAAUGACUAG